GAAAAGUGGAACAGAAACGUCAAUUCGUGCAUCGCUAUCAGCUUCUGUUGUGCUUCGACUUUUCUUCGUUCUUAAUUUGUUCGAUUAUAUAUGGUUUUCAUCUAAAACUUUAAUUUAAAAGUAGAUAUUGCACAGAUGAUCAAAUACAAACGAAAUACUCACUGAAAUACCUCGGCUUGAGCAUGUCUAAUUAUCAGUUGAACGCAAACGAAACCAGCAUCUCGAUCCCUCGGAUUAUCGCUGUUGACGGUGUAAGCUACUAUGAAGUCAUGAUUAAGUGUGGCCACGUUAUGUGGACUGUCAACAGGCGGUAUCGUGAUUUCGACGAUCUGCAUUGCAAACUGGUACAAGAACGCAGUGUUGCGAAGGAUAAAUUGCCACCGAAAAAGGUAAUCGGAAACAAAAGUCCAAGCUUCCUGAAAUUGCGCCAAGAAGCACUAGAGCAAUACCUGAAGGAGAUGCUAAUCUUUCUAAAAGUGACGAUGCCGAAAGAGUUUGUUGAAUUUCUCGAGUUCCACCGGUAUGACAUUGUAUUCAUCGCUCAAAACUUAGCAAAUUCGUUCUUCCUGCGGGGAGAAAACUUUCUAGCAAAGUCCAAAAAGUACGGGUUCUCUGUACUGGAACUGCACGCCAUUAGUGAACGACUGAAGCUACCCUGUCCACAAACAGAGGUUGUUGAUGGCAGCUUAAACUUUUCCCACAUAAUGGAUUUUUGCUCCCAGCUGGAAACGGUUAUAGUAUUACCGACAAAAAACAGCCUUCCGAUGAUUCUGUACGACGAUGAUUCCGAAAAGUACAUUCCGCACGCUCUACACAAACCAAUCGGAAGCAGUAACCUGAUACCGUCUCAGCUUCGGUAUGAACUGAGUGUGUUCAAGGGACUGAAAAAUUUAAUUAUUUAUGGUAUUUCGACAGAGAAUGUAGAAAAUAUAGGUGGUCUUCGUGAGGGAUUAGUUCGAAUCGAAAUCUACAAAAGCGAAAUAAAACACAUUCGGCAAAUUGCGCUGUGUGACGAUAUCCAUAAAAACAGCGUGCAGGAACUUGACCGUUCAAAGCAAUGGAGGAAUCUGAAGCACGCGGUAUUCAAAGAGAAUCAGCUUGCCGAUAUCGAUCACACUGUUCGGUUGUUUCCUAACUUGAAGGAUUUAGUGUUGGACAAAAAUCAAAUCGAAAGCAUUAGCCAUUUGAGCCACUUGAACAAUCUGCAUACUCUAAGCCUACGUUGCAAUCGAUUAACGAAGUGUCACAACUGGCACGUGCAACUGGGAAACCUCGUGAGUCUAAAUCUGUCUCAGAAUCGAAUACGUCAGCUCGACGGUCUAUCCAAGCUGUACUCGCUCGUUAAUUUAGAUUUGAGUUGUAAUCUCAUCGAUGAUAUCAAUGAAAUUGAUCAUAUAGGAAACCUGCCUUUACUUGAAAAUUUGCGUCUAAUGGGAAAUCCCGUAGCUGGGAGUGUAGAUUAUCGUGCCCGAGUUCUGUCUCGCUUCGGAGAUCGCCUCGAGGAGGUCUAUUUGGACAAUGAAAAAGGUAACCAAUCGGAAUACGAUACUGCAUUGGUUCUAUCUGCCUUGCGUAUAUCGGCUCAAAAUUCUCAGCAAAAACUUCAUAGUUUACUGGAUACGGUUGCCGACGGAGAGAGUUGCCCGCCUGGCGCGAGUGGCUCUACUGAAACUAGAUAACAUCUGCAAUCGUGAUAAUACAUUAUGUUUUGUUCUUCCUUGUGUAGUCGAUAUUGCUCGGUAAUCUUAUCUGUUCGUGUUACAAACUGUAGCGAGUAUAAUUGUUUUACUCUUUACGAUUUUAUUGUGCGAUUCAGUAUGGUGCCACCGACUGAAAAUUAUAUUUUAUUCGAUUCUACUUGUUAUUAAUGGUAUUGAAAUAGGUUUUCUGUACUGUAUGUAAUGUUUAUUAUAUAAUAAAUCGGAACGUUUAAAAUUGA